AAGAGACUUCUUGUUUCCUGGCAGAGCGGGGUCCGGGCACAGCGGCUCUAGGGUUUUGUUUGGUUCCUGGGUGGAGGACCCGGGUGCUAGGGCCCGAGGUGCCGCCUCGCUAGCGGGAGAGGGAGCGGGAGCGCCGGUCCGGAGAGAGCUCUCAGGGCUAGACUGGUGCAAGAGGAUGCUUUCCCGGCCCCGUCAUGGAGCUGCGCUGUGGAGGAUUGCUGUUCAGUUCUCGCUUUGAUUCAGGGAACCUAGCCCAUGUGGAGAAGGUGGAAUCCGCGUCUAGUGAUGGGGAAGGAGUUGGAGCUGUCACAUCAGCCCCCACUGGUGGCGUCACUUCUUCCCCUGACUAUGAGUUCAAUGUGUGGACCCGGCCAGACUGUGCUGAGACGGAAUUCGAGAAUGGGAACAGAUCAUGGUUCUACUUCAGUGUCCGGGGAGGAACUCCAGGGAAACUCAUCAAAAUCAACAUUAUGAACAUGAACAAGCAGAGCAAGCUGUAUUCCCAGGGCAUGGCCCCCUUUGUGCGCACACUGCCCAGCCGGCCGCGCUGGGAGCGCAUUCGAGACCGGCCCACUUUUGAGAUGACAGAGACGAAGUUUGUGUUGUCCUUUGUUCACCGUUUUGUGGAAGGCCGCGGGGCUACCACCUUCUUCGCCUUCUGCUACCCCUUCUCCUACAGUGACUGCCAGGAUUUGCUAAACCAGCUAGACCAGCGCUUUCCAGAGAACUGCCCUACCCAUAGCAGUCCCCUGGAUACCAUCUAUUACCACCGGGAACUCCUUUGCUAUUCUCUGGAUGGACUUCGGGUAGACCUGCUAACAAUCACUUCCUGCCAUGGCCUUCAAGAAGAUCGAGAGCCCCGUCUAGAGCAGCUAUUUCCUGAUACCAGCACCCCUCGACCAUUCCAUUUCACAGGCAAAAGGAUCUUCUUCUUAAGCAGUAGAGUACACCCUGGGGAGACUCCAUCUAGUUUUGUCUUCAAUGGCUUUUUGGACUUCAUCCUUCGGCCGGAUGACCCUCGAGCCCAAACCCUACGUCGCCUUUUUGUCUUUAAGCUGAUUCCCAUGCUGAACCCUGAUGGUGUGGUCCGGGGUCACUACCGCACGGACUCACGUGGAGUAAAUCUGAAUCGUCAGUACCUGAAGCCUGAUGCUGUGCUGCACCCAGCCAUCUAUGGGGCUAAAGCUGUGCUUCUCUACCACCACGUGCACUCUCGCCUGAACUCCCAGAGCUCCCCUGAGCAGCAGCCCAGUCCCUGUCUCCCUCCUGAUGCCCCCUUUUCUGACCUUGAGAAAGCCAACAAUCUCCACAAUGAAGCUCCCCUUGGGCAGUCAUCUGACGGGGAUAACCAUGAGACCUGGACCCAGACAGAGCCAGCAGAACAGAAGGGCAACCGUGUGUGGAUUAUCCCACAACAAUCUGCUGAGCCUGAGGAGCCAGCCCCUGAUACCAUCCCCCCCAAAGAGAGUGGCGUUGCUUACUAUGUGGACCUGCAUGGACAUGCUUCCAAAAGGGGCUGCUUCAUGUAUGGAAACAGCUUUAGUGAUGAGAACACCCAGGUGGAAAACAUGCUAUAUCCAAAGCUCAUCUCCUUGAAUUCAGCCCACUUUGACUUCCAGGGCUGCAAUUUCUCAGAGAAGAACAUGUAUGCCCGAGACCGUAGAGAUGGCCAGUCCAAAGAGGGAAGCGGCCGUGUUGCAAUCUACAAAGCCUCAGGGAUAAUCCACAGCUACACACUUGAAUGCAACUACAACACUGGACGCUCAAUAAACAGCAUCCCUGCUGCCUGCCAUGACAAUGGGCGUGCCAGCCCCCCUCCCCCGCCGGCCUUCCCCUCCAGAUACACUGUGGAGCUAUUUGAGCAGGUGGGACGAGCUAUGGCCAUCGCAGCUCUGGACAUGGCAGAAUGUAAUCCAUGGCCCCGAAUUGUGCUGUCAGAGCACAACAGCCUCACUAACCUAAGGGCCUGGAUGCUAAAACAUGUGCGCAACAGUCGCGGCCUAAGCAGCACUGUGAAUUCGGGUGUCCACAAGAGGGGCCCUCGGACUCCACCCAAAAAUAACAAUGGACUGCCCAUUUCCUGCUCUGAAAACACCUUGAGCCGGGCGCGAAGUUUUAGCACCGGCACAAGUGCUGGUGGUAGCAACAGCAGCCAACAGAAUUCUCCACAGAUGAAGAAUUCCCCCAGCUUUCCUUUUCAUGGCAGUCGGCCUGCAGGGCUGCCGGGCCUGGGCACUAGCACCCAAAAAGUCAGCCAUCGGGUGCUGGGCCCUGUCAGAGUCUCUAGCAGAAUUUGCAGCCUCUCCUGCGACCUUGGUGUUCCAUGCGGCAUGACUCAAGAGCGGUAUUGUGUGUGGCUGGCUGUAAGUGGGAGUCCUGGGGAUCUGAGCUUCAGCAGUUUCCAAGGAAGAAACGUAGCUGAAACACUGCCAAACAGACCUGGAGCUUCCACAUCAAGGACAAUGUCAGUUUGUCUUCCUGGGGAUAGUAGAAGGAAAUGUUCUCAGAAUCCAAAUCUCAGCAGUAGAAUGAGGAGGGAUCCUGACCAUGGUCUUUAUGGGCUAAAAUUGCUCCUGGCUUCAGAGCUUAUUCAGAAAGCAGUAUCAGGAUUCCAACUCAUCCCAGGAAAAAGGGAAUUCUAUUCUAGGGUCACAAACCAACACCUCUUCUGGCUAUGGGGACCAACAAUCAACUGUCCCUCACCCAUACCUCGAUUUGGCCUGAUAAAGAGAUUCUGGGUCAAAAAUGUAUACCAGUAAGAGAUGACUCUUGAGGGAGGAAGAAGAAAGUAACCGAGAGUAAGCUGGACUGUGGAAGAGGAGGCUGUUAUUGCACCAUUUCUGGAAAUGCGCUACACGACAAAUCCGUGUUAUACGUGAGAACGGAGGCUUGUAAGCUAGAGCUGAGAGCUCUGCUGGUCUUUCAGCAUUUCUCUGGUACUUAUUUGGAACAUAUGUGAUGCACACUGGGUGAGUGGCCAGAAUUCUGACUGUCCUAGAGAAGCCAGAGAGCAAUGGUGCUUACCAGCUUUGAAUAUUAAGAUGUUCUGUCCCUGUUACUCAACUUGGUUCUGUUUAUAUUCCAAACCCCACUCUUUGAGAUUGUCUUUGUUGGAAGAGGACACUUUCGUGCACUGUUUGAAAGGCAGUAUUAAAGUAAUAAUAAUACCUUAUGUGUAAGGAGCAUUUAAUAGUGAACAAGACAAUAGCACAUAAAUAAUUUCACUUAGUUCUCAGCAGGACCUGUGAGACCUUUUUUUUUGGAGACAGGGUCUCGCUGUGUAGUCUAGGUGAGCCUGGAACUCACUAUGUAGCCCAGGCCUUGAAUUUGCUGCGAUCCUCCUGCCUCAGCCUUAGCCCCCCAAGUGCUGGGAUUACAGGUGUGUGUCACCACACCUGGCCCAGUUUUCUAAUGAAGAAACUUAGGCUUCUUAAAAGUGUCUUGUAGAGCCGGGGAUUUAGCUCAUUGGCCCUACGCCUGCCUCACAAGUGCAAGAUCCUGAGUUUGAUCUCUGGUACCGGGGGAAGAAAGUGGGGGAAGGGAGUGUCUUGUGGCCAGGGAUUCAGCUCAGUGGCACCACGCCUGCCUGGCAAGCGCAAAGUCCUGAGUUUGAUUCCCAGUAUUGAAAAAAAAAAGUGCCUUGUCCGUUUGCACAGCUGUUCAGUGGCCAUACUUCCAAUUUAUGCCUUCUCAUGUUCCAGUAUACCUAAGUUUUCUAACUUAAAUCUGGAUUAAGUUUUUCUUCUUGUUUCACUUUCCUUCCUUCUUCCUCUUUUGU